GGUGUUGAUAAACCAAACGUUUACAUCGCAAGUCAAGGACCUAAGCCGCAAACCAUAGACGAUUUUUGGAGGAUGGUUUGGCAGGUAGGCUCAGGAAAGAUUGUGAUGCUGACGAAUCUUUUGGAGGGUCAAAAGACAAAAUGCCAUAAAUAUUGGCCAGACGAAGGAGAGGCGCUUUCUAUUAAGAACUUCGACCUCAAACUUGACAGAGAAAGAGAAUAUGCAUUUUACGUUAUUCGUGACGUUUCAGUUUUCAAUAGAAAGAAAAAUCAAGAACGGCAAGUUCACCAGUUUCACUUUACGACGUGGCCAGACCACGGGACUCCCGAUAUCGUGGAGCUUGUGUUAUUUCACCGCCGUGUGAUGUCAUACAAGACACAACUGACCGGCCAGAUCGUUGUUCAUUGCAGUGCUGGUAUCGGUAGGACGGGGACAUUUAUUGGUUUAGAUGCAUUGCUCACUCACUGGAAGAAAACUGGCGAGAUGGACAUUCCCAGAUACCUCAACGUUAUGAGGAACAAUCGAAUGGACAUGAUUCAAACAGACAAACAAUACAUCGCUUUACAUGAACUGCUUUUGGAAGGAUUCAAUUUGCAAGAAUCGUAUAUUUCUCGGACGAAAUUCCCUGGUGCUCUUGAAACGCUUUGUCCAAAGAGAGAAAAACCGGCCAACCAGACAAAGAUCUUCGACGAAUUUGAGGCGUUACAGAAAUGUAGCCCGAACCUAACUCCGGAUUGCUAUGUGGCAGCAUUAAAGAAAGAAAACAAAGGCAAAAAUCGUGAUUUGGAUGUGCUUGCUGCGGACAGGUUCCGACCAUUUCUGCAGUCGCAGUUAUCUAAUAGGACAGACUACAUCAACGCAGUAAUUAUUCAGUCGUAUACAUCAAAGUGUGGAUAUUUGAUGACUCAGUUCCCUCUGGAAAAUACAAUCGACGAUUUCUGGACAAUGGUGUAUGACUAUGACUGCAAGAACGUCGUUGUGCUCGGACAUCCGACGGUAGAGAAUUGGCUUGGGGACGAAACUUCCAAAACAAGAGCAUUUUCAGUGAAAAAGGUGAAAGAUUUAUCCACCGAAUCCGAGGUUAUUGUAAAUGAUUAUAAGGUUUUGCACGUGCGGUCUAGUAGAACUACAACAGUUCGGAUUUACGCUAUUCCUCGGUGGGCAUCAGACUCUCUGUUGCCGAACUCGGAUGCAGCUCUCUUACAACUUCUAGAGCAGAUGGACAGUCGCAGACGGUCAGACGAUACUAUACCUGUGGUCGUUAUGUGUCGGGAUGGAUGUACACAGAGUGGACUGUUCUGUUGUGUUUCAAACGCCAGAGAUCAAAUGAAGAUGGAUGAGGAAGUCGAUAUAUUUCAAACGGCACGACAGUUGAAAAGGCGACGACCAGAGGCUCUACGGAAUGCGAAGCAAUAUCAGUACUGCUACAACAUCAUAGGAAAAUACCUGGAGUGCACUAACGUGUACGUAAACUGA